AUGCCUAGCCAGGGCUACGAGAGGGUAGCCGCCCAGGACGAAGAAGAAUCACCCCAGAGGUUGCAGUCCGGUCAGCAGUGGCCGCCUGCCUCGCCGCCACCAUCAUUCCACUCUCGCGCAUCAUCACCAAACGGCACAUCACGACGUCUCUUGUCCGAGGAUCCGACACCAAACGAGGAAGACCGCACACUCGCCGAUACCUUCGACUCGGAUUCCGAUGACGACGACGACGAUAACGAUGGGCGCGAUGAUCGGCAGCGGCUGAUGCGGGGAAACCCAAGGACAGAAGACGAGCCUGUGGCACCGGGCAUCCAAAGGAGAGUGACGGAACUGCCAGUAUUCAACACACAGGCGCCGAGCAGCGGACGGGUCUACGGUGGAGGAAAUGGUGGCGUGUGGGCGAAUCUGAGCGCAAAGCCAACCAGAGGGGAGGAUGCCGAGGAGAAGCCUCCGACAUACGAACAAGCUGCCGCAGACGCAACACCACCCUACUGGGAAACCACCAUCCUCGCUCCCGGCACUUUUGGCGAUGAAGUCUUCGUCGAAGGUCUCCCCGUCGGCUCCCUCUUCAGUUUCCUCUGGAACGCCAUAAUAUCCAUGUCCUUCCAACUCGUCGGUUUCCUCCUCACCUACCUGCUCCACACUACCCACGCCGCAAAGAAUGGAUCCCGCGCUGGUCUCGGUAUCACACUCGUACAAUUCGGUUUUGGUUUCCGCUCCGCCGUACUUAGUCCGAACAACGGCAGCAAUGACAACCCUGGGCAAGGAUUCGACGGUGGUGUUCCAAGUGAUCCGAAUGCGCACGACUUCGACCCCAACAAGGUUGGCAGUGGAAGCACGGGUGGCAGUGACAUGACACCCGCGGCGAGUGCCAUUACAGGCAGUGACUGGAUAGCUUACGGCUUGAUGAUUGUCGGCUGGUUUAUUUUGAUCAAAAGUGUGUCGGAUUUCAUCCGAGCAAGGCGGCACGAACAACUCGUCCUCCAGUCUCCCGACCGGGGGCUGGGCGUGGCUGUUGUCGCCGAGGGCGAGAGCCCAGAGCGCAGUGUAUAA